AUGGCAGCACCAGAUCCUGCCAACAUUCGAAUACUUACGACCCUCGGCCAUGUCGAUCAUGGCAAGACGACACUUAUGGAUGCUCUUCUCGCCGCAAACAAUAUCAUCUCGUCACGAAUGGCCGGCAAGAUGCGGUAUAUGGACAGUCGGGAAGAUGAACAAGAGCGGGGAAUCACUAUGGAGAGUAGCGCGGUGUCACUGCGAUUCCAAGUUAUGGAUAAGGAUGGCAAAAGCCCAAAGGUUUAUGUGGUGAAUAUGAUCGACACGCCGGGACAUGUUGACUUUUCGAGCGAAGUAUCCACUGCGGCACGGCUAUGCGAUGGAGCUUUGGUUCUCGUUGACGUCGUUGAGGGUGUUUGCACACAAACCAUCGCUGUUCUGCGACAAGCUUGGCUCGAUCGGCUCCGACCUAUCCUAGUUAUCAACAAAUUCGACCGUCUCAUUACGGAGCUCAAGCUGGCUCCGGUUGAAGCAUAUCAUCACCUAGCGCGGUUGAUUGAACAGGUUAACGCGGUCAUGGGCAAAUUCUUUGAAGGAGAUCGGAUGGAAGACGACCUGCGGUGGCGUGAAGAACACGAAAGGCGACUGGCAGAGAAGAAGGAGCGAAAUGCUGACGCUGCCGAUGCUGAUACCGACGCCCCAGAAGAAGAAUUCCAAGAGAAAGACGACCAAGAUAUUUACUUCGCACCUGAACGCGGAAACGUCAUCUUCGCGUCUGCCAUCGAUGGCUGGGGCUUUCGAAUUGCCAAAUUCGCCCAACUAUUUGCUAUCAAGCUGGGGAUGAAGGAGGCUAAUCUAAGACGCGUGCUUUGGGGAGACUUCUACAUUGAUCCAAAGACCAAGAAAGUCAUCAGUUAUAAACACCUUCGCGGACGUGCUCUCAAGCCUCUUUUCGUGCAAUUUGUGCUGGAAAAUAUCUGGGCCGUCUAUGAUGCUGUUAUACUGAACCCAAACACCGAAAAGGUGACCAAGAUUGUUGGCGCUUUGAACCUCAAAAUUCCGCCCCGAGAUCUCAAAUCGAAGGACUCUAAACAUCUCCUAUCGCUUAUAUUCUCGCAAUGGCUGUCGCUUUCGACGUGUAUCAUCCAGGCUGCAAUAGACGUGGUGCCUGCUCCUGCUGUCUCUCAAGCAACCCGAAUUCCUAAAAUGCUGUACCCUGAGAUCUACGAGACCACUAUACGGCCGAAAAAUAAGAUUGAGCAAGACUUGUUUGCGUCCAAGGACGAUGCUGAUGCUGCCGUCGUCGCAUUCGUCAGCAAAAUGUUCUCGGUCUCAAGCAAAGACCUACCAGAGAAUAAAAAACGAUCGAUGACCGCGGAGGAAAUGAGGGCGAAGGCGAAAGAGGCCAAGGAAGCGAGGCAGGCGGCUGCGGCUAAAGAAAGUGCGGCCGAAGUCGAGAAAGAAGAAGCCCCGUCAAAUGAAGAUACAGAGCUGACACAAGAGGAUGGCGAGAUCAACUUGGGUUUUGCUAGACUCUACUCUGGAGCUCUCAAAACCGGCAUUGCUGUCUGGGGUGUUUUACCCAAAUACAAUCCAGCUUUGGCGCCGAAUCACCCAUAUAAUGUAAAGCAUCUCGUCAAGGCCACCGUCGAAGGGCUAUAUGUCAUGAUGGGCAGGGAAUUGGUUGCAGUCGACACCGUUCGCCCUGGAAAUAUAUUCGCUAUCAAGGGACUGGAAGGCAAAGUCUGGCGGAGCGCAACAUUGUUUGCACCGUCUUCGCAUGGUGCUGGAGGCGACUCAGAGGAUUCUAUGCUGAAUCUUGGCAGCGUUAACCGGAUUGCGCCGCCGAUAUUACGAGUGGCCUUAGAACCGGCACGGCCAGCAGACAUGCCGAAGUUGAUUGCCGGACUCAAAUUAUUGAGUCAAUCAGAUCCGUGUGUCGAAACUUUCCAACAGCAAACCGGAGAGUAUGUUAUAUUAACGGCUGGAGAGCUACACUUUGAGCGAUGCCUGAAGGAUUUGCGUGAACGCUUCGCUAAAGUGGAGAUCCAAGCAUCCAAACCCAUCGUCCCAUUCCGGGAAACUGCGGUCAAGGCUACAGAUAUGGCCCCACCGAAGACUCCGAAUGCAACUCGAGGAACUAUGCUGGGUACGAGCUCUCAAGGAGUGGUUAGCUUUACCAUCAGGGCUAGUCCCAUACCCCGCCCGAUCCUCGAUUUCAUACUGCAAAACCUUGCUAUAUUGAAAACCCUACAGCAAACAGGCAAAGGCUCCACAGAAGAACAAGAUGGGGAUGAUGAACAAGCGAAUAUCAUCGAUGGUACUGUGAUGCGGAAACCAAGUGUCCAACCCGAGAAAUUUUGGACCACGCUACAUGAGAAAUGCACACAAGUCGGUGGGGAGUGGAUUGAUGUAGUGGAGCGCAUUUGGUCGUUUGGACCACAGAAUGCUGGUGGGUGCAUUUUGAUCGACUCGCGGAAAUCUAGCGCCGGGCAUUCAUCAUUGAAACGCCGAUUGGACAAAACUGCAGAAAAGGUACUGGCGGGAGAAGCGGACGAGGAGAAGGUGAUCCGGGAUUUGGAUAUCCACAUUGAGACUGGUUUUCGACUGGCGACCUUCCAAGGGCCACUGUGUAAUGAGCCCGUCGAGGGCAUGGCCUAUUUCGUGGAGAGCGUAGAGAUUGACAGAGAAAGUCUCACGAAGGAAAUCGAGCAAAACCGGAUCGCACAAGUGACUGGGUCGGUCAUAUCCGCUGUUAGAGAUGCCUGUAGAAACGGGUUGUUGGACUGGUCGCCGCGUCUGAUGCUCGCGAUGUAUUCAUGCGACAUUCAAGCAUCGACGGAAGUGUUGGGCAAAGUAUAUGGCGUUGUUGCUCGGCGGAGAGGUCGUAUUGUGGCUGAAGAGAUGAAGGAGGGCACAUCCUUUUUCAUGGUUUCCGCUGUGAUACCGGUCGUCGAGAGCUUUGGCAUUGCAGAUGACAUUCGAAAGCGCACCUCUGGAGCUGCCAGCCCCCAGCUGAUAUUUGCGGGUUAUGAAUUACUUGAUCAAGAUCCAUUCUGGGUGCCAACUACUGAGGAAGAGUUGGAGGACCUCGGAGAGAAAGCAGACCGUUCAAAUAUUGCCAAGGGCUAUAUGGAUGCAGUGCGGGAGCGUAAAGGGUUAUUUGUGGAUAGGAAGAUUGUGGAAUUCGCAGAGAAGCAGCGGACAUUGAAGCGGUAG